AUGGCUGAAAAAAAAAAAUUUUUCAUCGCAUCUCGCAUGUGCUUCCAUUCCACUGAUCACAGCUGGUUAAAUCAUCGUCAGGGUCGGAUGACUCAUUAUACUGAUAAUAUUUCGCUCUGCAUUGUGAUGAUAGGUACGGAGAAUUUCAACAAACUUGAUCAUCUGCAACAGCUACUUCUGAAAGAAAUGUGUAGUCACAUUCGCAGAAGACUUACAGCUCUUUCCAUACAGUACUCUCUGAAACACACAGUACCACGUUUGGAUGAUUCCGAUGUUCAAUCUUUAUUGAGAAAAUCAGUAACUUACGCGCAAUACCGAGCAUUCAUGCGCGCAAUCUUUGGUUAUUUGUUACCACGUGAAUUAAUCGGAAAAUGCAAUAUGAAGCUUGCUGUCGAUCGUAUUUCAUCUAUUCUGUUUAAGCUUGGGUUCGAUGAAAGUGUAAGAUUAAGCGAUCUUUUCCCAAUUCCGUUCAAAACCUCAGCUUUAAAAUGGUUAAGAUGUUUACCAUCUCAUGAGCUAUGCUGCAUAUAUCGGAAAUUCAUGCUUUGGUUGCUAGAAUUUUCUAUUCACAUCACUAGGGCUGCGUUUUAUGUAACACCAGAGAAUAGAACGAAGCUAUUACGUUUUUAUCGAAAAGAUAUAUGGAAGCGCAUCGAAAGUCACAGUUUCUAUUUGUUAUCUGAGAAAAGGGAUUUAAAGAAAGUGAAAGGAGUGAUGAACAGUACAGUUGGAGCACAGAUUCGAUUUCUUCCGAAAAAUUCAGGCACACGAUCAUUAAUCGUGCCCACAGGAAAGAGCUUCUUAAGGAAAUAUUCGGCCAUCGCAUUGAAGAUAGUCUCUGUAAUUAUUGAUUUAUUAUGUUCAAAGCAGCGCAAAUAUUCCAGUGAGCUUCCGCUUACUGGGACUGCUAUUUGGAACGGCAUUGGUGGAUUUCCCAAACGUUUUCGACGAUUCAUGCAAAUGAAUGGAUCAACAAGAAUUUACGCGGUAAAAACGGAUGUUCGAGACUGUUUCGAUUGCAUCAAUCAAAAUCGUUUGCGUUUUAUACUAAAGAAACUUAUCUUGUUAACAAAACAUUUUCGAUUAAACGCAAAUGUGAUUGGGAUGAGUUCUUUGAUUUUUGCUCGGCGAUGUGGUUUCGGAUGUGGAAUUGAUGACCAUAAUUGCAAUCUUUUGGAACUAUGUGUGACGGGUGAGAUGGUCAUGUGGUUUCUUGAAACUUACGUCAUCAACAAAGAAUUUAAAUAUCGCGACGGUGUGUAUCGUGCCUUUCGUGGCAUACCACAAGGUAAUCAUGUUUCAACACGUUUAUGUGAUCUUUACUUGGGUGCAGCAGACUGCGAAAGAUAUUUCGAAUUGAUGAAACGACGCGAUACAUUACUCAUCCGUUAUGUAGAUGAUUAUCUGUUACUGACAACUGAUAUGAAUGUUGCACGGGAGUUUCUGAAAGUGAUGCAUCUCGGAGUAGAUGAUAAUUAUAACAUUAUCGCUGACUCUAAGAAGACAGUAAUUAAUUUUUACUGCGAAUGUAGUGAGUUGCUUAUUUCUGGCAAAAUGGUCGGUGCAUGCAGCGCAGUGCCGUGGUGUGGUUAUAUAAUUUAUCCGGGUUUGAGAAGGUACUGCAUCGAUUGGGCGAAAAUGCAUUCAGAAAAAGCGAUUACUUGUAGAACUGUACACAAAAUGAGUUCACGCGAGAAAAGAAUCGCUGUUUUGAAAUUUUUAAAGGCCUCACUUCUUGAAAAAUACAGAAUGCUUCAUCGUUUCCCUUCUAACAAGUGGAAGAUCAGUGUCUUGAAGAAGUUUGCCGCCAUUGGUACGAAAUUAUAUGCUCGUCCGUAUGCCAAAAAAGUCCGACUUUCCAUGAAGGGACGUUGGAAUCAUGUAUUUUGGCAAAAAUUACGUGCUUGGCUCCAGCAAGGAUUUGCGUACUCAUACAAUACAAAGUUGGCUCAUCUGUAUGGAUGA